GUCUCCGCGGCCAACUGCACUCUGACUCCGACUCGGACCAGGAGGAGGCUGGAACGACGAAUGCCACGCGAGGCAACAGUGGCACUGUCCUCUCCUCCCUGGUGGAGUUUGGUUCUAACCUCUUCCGACCCGACUUCAAAAAGGUCUCCGUUCGAACGAAGCAGCGUACCAGCGUGAAUGCCGCCUCGGCGGCCGCC